CUCGACCGAUGCCGAACGUGUGGUGCGUCCUCGCCGUGACACUCGUGUUGGCCGCCGCGGCCGCCGUCCACGCGUGCCCGUCCAAGUGUCUGUGCUUCAGGACAACCGUGCGAUGCAUGUUCCUGCAACUGGACCGCAUGCCCGACAGAAUACCGACAUCCACCACCGUACUCGAUUUAAGAUUCAACAAAAUAAAAGAUAUCGAACCGGAGUCAUUGGCUCAACUCACCGAGUUGAAUACUUUAUUAUUGAACAACAAUCAGAUUGACAGAUUGCAAAAUGGUGUAUUCCAAAACUUGCGGAAACUUCAGUUUUUAUAUUUGUAUAAAAAUAAAAUUGAGCAAAUCGAACCUCGCGUCUUCCAAAAUCUAUCGGGUCUGGAACAGUUGUAUUUACACUACAAUAAAAUCGAAAGCCUUCACGUGGAUAUGUUCCAAGGUCUCACAAAGCUGGAGAGACUAUUCUUGCACAACAAUAAGAUUAAGAAGAUUCCUCCGGGAACUUUUGACUCGCUAACGUCGUUAACGCGUUUGAGAUUGGACAGUAAUCUGUUGUCUUGCGAUUGUGAUAUGAUGUGGUUGGCCAAAGUGUUGAAAAAGAAUCACGAUUCGACAGAAGCCGGGGAAUUCGCCGCCACUUGUCAUUACCCCGCGGAAAUGAGCGGAAAAUCUCUAAUGGAAAUGGCUGAAUCCGAUUUCCAUUGCGAACAGCUAAGGUUCAAGGAAGAGCCCAACGACGUGUCGGUCACGUUUGGGGGGACGGCGUUUUUUUCUUGUAAGGUAGAAGGCAAUCAAGACGUCAAAGUAAUUUGGACGCGUGACAACAACGAGAUCGACAUGAACGACUCGAGAUACUCGGUGACGGACCACGGGCUUAUGAUAAAAUCGACAACGGCCCAGGACUUAGGAACAUACGAAUGCAUGGUGAAAAAGCAGAACGUCGAAUUGAAAUCACGGCCGGCCAAAAUUAUAGUGGAGCCCAGCGUGUCCGGCUCUCCACCGGAAAUUAUAUCGGGCCCUAAGCAAAAGACGCUUUUGGAGGGCGAACAGUUGAAGCUCAGUUGCGACGUCGUCGGGACUCCCAAGCCACACAUCACUUGGAACAAAGACGACAUAGGAUUGGAGCCCAGCUCGAGAAUUCAGGUUCUCGAAGACAACAGUCUAGUGAUCGAAAAACUGGAGAGGAUGGACGUCGGUCAUUAUAAAUGCGUGGCGUCCAAUUAUCUGGGACAGGUAUCUUCGGAAGCUAUGGUUCGCGUAAACGCGCCGCCCAUCAUCAUAAGUACCACUCGCGACUUGACGGUAAAAACAGGUGUUUCCGUCGAACUUCAGUGUUUGACUGAAGGACACCCGAAGCCCGUAAUCACCUGGUUUAAAGACGGCAAGUCCAUAACACCGGGUCCGAGGAUAUCGUUUCAUAAUGACAGAACGAUCGUUCGGUUGGAUCACGUUAAAGAUAACGACAAGGGUAUGUUCACGUGUUUGGCUCAGAACUUGGUCGGGUCGGCCGAGAGUAAUACGGAGUUAAAGGUCCGAGGAUUCGGUCCUAGGAAGCCUAAGUUAGUGGUCAAACCGUUCGACAUGGAAGCUCCAGAGCGGACCAGUGUAGAAUUGCCAUGCAAGGCCGACGGCGAUCCCGUGCCCGGUGUCACCUGGACGAAAGACGGCAUAGACUUGGUCCAAGACGUUAAUCAUAAAGUGAACACCAUCGGAAGUCUGCGCAUAUACAAUUUAUCUUUCGCCGACUCCGGCGUUUACGAGUGCACGGCUAAGAACGUGCAUGGGCAAGAAUCGGCCAAAGGCAUUAUAGCAGUCUUAGGCGACGUAUUGGAACAAUCGCCCGGUGACAGAUACGUGCACUUGGCCUUUAAAGAAGCCAGCUUGGAGGUAGAUCGAGCCGUGAACGCCACAAUAGACUCGUUGUUCGGGGCAACUGAAAAAGUCCACAACCCCGCAGUGUUGAUGAGAUUGUCUCGGUUUCCGGACGUGGUGGCCAGAGACGUUGCCAAGUCAGCUGACGUAUUCGAACGGACGUUGGCUAACGUACGCAAACAUGUGCAAGCCGGUCUCAAAAUGAACUUAACAGAAAACUUUUCGUAUCGAGACCUCUUGUCCGUGGAACAACUCGAUUUGAUCGCUAAUUUGUCAGGAUGCCUUAGACAUCAGUACAAACCCAAUUGUAGCGACAUGUGUUAUCAUACCAAGUACCGAACCAUCGAUGGCACGUGCAAUAAUCUGCAAAAUCCGAUGUGGGGGGCUUCCCAUACGCCGUUCAGAAGAAUACUGAAGCCGAUGUAUGAAAACGGAUUCAACACUCCCAUUGGUUGGACCAAAGGAAUGAAGUACUACGGCUACGAAAAACCCAGUGCAAGGCUGGUGUCUACGUCCAUUAUCCGGACCAAAGAAAUAACUUCGGACGACGAGAUCACGCAUAUGGUAAUGCAAUGGGGUCAGUUUUUGGAUCACGAUUUAGAUCACGCUAUACCGUCGACAACCAAAGAGAGUUGGGAAGGUCUGGAUUGUAAGAAAACGUGUGCCUAUUCUUUUCCGUGUUUCCCGAUGGAUGUGCCGCCAAACGAUGAUCGAAUAAAGAAUCGAAAAUGUAUGGACUUCAUAAGGAGCAGCGCCAUAUGUGGUUCGGACACCACGUCGGUUUUCUUUGACAAAUUACAGCCAAGAGAACAAAUCAACCAACUGACCUCUUUCAUCGACGGAUCACAAAUAUACGGAUUUACAAACGAUCGUUCUUUUAUACUUCGUGAAGUCCAGACCGGUCUGGGUAUGAUGAGAGGUGGGAUAUCUUCGGAUAUGGGUAAAGAAAUGAUGCCCAUCGCCGGUGCCGACGAAGUUGAUUGCCGAAGGGAUUUGACGGAAAGCACAACGGGAUGUUACUUGGCCGGCGACAUUCGCGCCAAUGAGCAGGUAGGUUUGUUAGCCAUGCACACGAUUUGGAUCAGAGAACACAAUCGAAUAGCCAGAGAGCUGCGCAAGAUAAACCCGCACUGGGAAGGUGACACGAUAUUCCACGAGGCACGAAAAAUCGUUGGCGCCGAAUUGCAACACAUUACUUACAAGCACUGGUUGCCGUACGUUUUAGGACCCAAAGGAAUGCAGAUGUUAGGGCAGUACCAAGGGUACGAUCCUACAGUAGACCCUUCCAUAGCCAAUGUAUUUGCUACUGCAGCUCUCAGAUUCGGCCAUUCAAUCAUUAAUCCGGUAUUGGCUCGUCUCGAUGACAAUUUCACCACUAUUCCUCAGGGAGAUUUGUCUUUGGGAAAAGCGUUUUUCACGCCAUGGAGAUUGUCCGAUGAAGGUGGUACCGAUCCAUUGAUGCGUGGCUUUUUCACCGUGCCGGCUAAAAGGAAGAUGCCCAAGCAAAAUCUCAACGAUCAGCUGAUCGAUCAUUUAUUCUCGUCGGCGCACGCAGUGGCAUUGGACUUGGCAGCGAUGAACAUACAGAGGAGUAGGGAUCAUGGUAUACCGGGUUACACGGAAUGGAGAGCCAUUUGCAACAUGUCCAAAGCAGAAACAUUUGACGAUCUCCGAAAUGAAAUAAGCGACCCCGAAGUGAGAAGUAUCCUUAAACGUCUUUACGGUCAUCCUGGGAAUGUCGACGUGUGGGUCGGUGGAAUUCUUGAAGAUCAAAUGGCUUUCAGUAAAAUAGGACCGCUCUUCCAAUGUUUGCUUGUGGAUCAAUUCAGAAAUCUCCGAAAUGGCGACAGAUUCUGGUACGAGAGUCCAUCCACAUUUAGUUCGGCCAAACUCACUCAGAUCAAACAAGCGUCUCUGGCCAGGGUGCUUUGCGAUAACGGCGACAACAUCACUCUGAUAUCCAAAGACGUAUUCAAGUUGCCAUCGUUACAAACGCCCAAACUGGUACCUUGUUCCGCCAUUCCUAGCAUCGAUCUAAGGCUGUGGUUCGAAUGCAACGGCGAUUGUCCCGGAGAAACCCCCUCGGCGGUAACCGGACACUCGAAGAACAAAAACACUUUGGACACAGUAAUGAAUUUGACGGAUAGUAAACUAGAAGGCCUAAAGUCAGAGGUGAACGAGCUAAAAUCGGACAUUAAAAAGCUUAAACGCAAACUAAGGCAAUUGACCGACUCUGAUGGUGGUUGUUACGACGCUACGUCUAAGAAAAGACGCAAGGAAGGUCGCACGUGGGAACCGGAAGUGUGCACAAAAUGUGAAUGCCGGAACUCACAAAUUCUGUGCAGUAACUCGUGUUGAGUUAAUUGACUACUUAGAGCGGCGGUUAGGUCGUUUUAAAAUGUAAUGUUUAAUUAAAAAUCAAACGUAAAACGUGUCAAAGAUCUAAAAUUAAAUUUUAUAAUGAUCACUUGAUUUAAUUUUUUUUUUUUACAAUUUUAAAUUAUAAAAUCUAGUUUAUGAAGAAAUGUUCAUUUACUAUUAUGACAUAAAUGUGUACCCACUGACAUACAAUCUAAGCUUACGAAUAAAUGGUCUCUUCCUGACUGGUAUUAUUUUGCAUUGUCAAUUCUCUAUUUUCCAUGCUAUGUUAAAAAAAAACAUCUGAUUUGUAAAAUAUAUUUUAUUUAUUUAA